CAGCAACAUUUAAAUGCACACAGAAGCUACCAAACUCAGGGAUUUGGAUUAAACCAAAACAAGGUUUUUGUGGAUUCUCUUUAAACUAAAUUUGUUUUCUUCCUACAAGCAUCUUUCCUCUGAGGUUGUAGAGAUGCCCCUCUCAGGAACUCCAGCUCCUCCCAACAUAAGGAAAAGGUCCUCUAAAAUCAUUACUGACUUCUCCAGCAUCACACAAAUUGAGGAAGAGGAAACAGAUGCCACCGAGUUUGACCUCGGGACUAAGAUUAAGACGCCUAAGGAAGUGAUGCUGGAGGAGCUUUCUCUGAUGAAAGGCAAAGGUUCUCGGAUGUUCCAAAUGAGGCAGCAAAGAGUGGAUAAGUUUAUCAUCAGUGCUGAGCACCUUCAAAACCUCCAGAUCCUGGCACCUCCUGUAAACUGUGAAAAGAUCCCACCUAAGACCCUUCCCAAACCAGAUCACCCUAAAGAUGAAGUAGAACCUGAGACUGAGCAGGUAGAGAAGAAGGACUGUGAGUGUGUUCAAACAUAUGUCUCACCAUGGGAACAUGCUAUGAAAGACGAUGAUGAGCUUAAAGCCACCAUGAAAUCACAAAUGCCAGGGCCUCAUGUGCACAAGGACCUGCCUCAAUACAAGAGCUUCAAUAGAACAGCACUGCCUUUCGGAGGAUCUGACAAGGCUUCUCACCUGCUGAACUUUGAGCUCCCUGAGGUCAAGGUUGGCUCUGAAGAACCAGAGAAACUACCUGUGUUCCAGUGUCACAUCGACUCUCGACCAUCUUUCAACCGUACUCCCAUCGGCUGGGUGUGCAGCGAAGAGCCCAGCUACAUUCCCUUGAACCUGGAACCCAUCCCCUUUGAAGGAGAGACUGAAGAUCUCUGAGCAUAAUGACCUGCUGAUUCAUGCAGGCUAUAUCUAUAUCUCAGGUCAACUAUAAAAUCAUUAUUGUUAUGUUGAAGAUAUUUCUCAGGUACUGGC